UUUGAAGUGCAAAAAAUGGAGGUAGAGAGAGUGCAAGCCGUUGCUUCCUUACUAUCUCACACCACUCAAGAUACCAUCCCGGCAGAAUUCAUUCGACCGGAGAAAGAACAGCCUGCUAUCACUACAUUCCGGGGGCCGGUCCCGGAAAUCCCAACCAUCGAUCUCAGCGAUCCAGACGAAGAAAACAUUGUCCGCUCCGUUGCCAAAGCCAGCAAGGAGUGGGGGAUAUUCCAGGUCGUGAACCAUGGCAUUCCUACUGACGUCAUAAGCAAUUUGCAGGCAGCUGGAAGGCAUUUCUUCGAGCUCCCGCAGGAAGAAAAGGAAGUAUACGCUAAGCCCACAAGCGGAGAAGGCUUUAAAGAAGGCUACGGAACCCUGCUGCAGAAGGAUCUCGAGGGAAAGAAAUCUUGGGGGGAUCAUCUUUUUCAUAGGAUUUGGCCUCCUUCAAAACUCAACUACCAGUUCUGGCCCAAGAACCCUCCUUCUUACAGAGAGGCGAACGAAAUGUAUGCCAAAUAUGUGCGUGAGGUGGCGGACAAGCUGUUUAAUAGCCUGUCGUUAGGAUUAGGGCUUGAAGGUCAUGUAAUGAAAGAAGGUGCUGGUGGGGAGGAGAUAGUAUAUAUGUUGAAGAUUAAUUACUACCCACCAUGUCCUCGCCCUGAUCUAGCACUUGGAGUUGUUGCUCACACCGAUUUCUCGUCCAUCACCAUUCUCGUGCCGAAUGAUGUCCCUGGACUUCAAGUUCUCAAAGAUGAACGUUGGAUCGAUGCCAAGUAUAUUCCCAAUGCUCUCAUUAUUCACAUCGGUGAUCAGAUUGAGGUACUAAGCAAUGGCAUAUACAAGAGCGUGUUGCACCGGAGCACCGUGGACAAAGGGAAGACGAGGAUGUCUUGGCCGGUAUUCUUGGAGCCACCGGGGGAGUUUGUCGUUGGACCUCUGCCCCAACUUGUUAGUGAAGAGAACCCUCCCAAGUACAAGUCCAAGAAGUUUGAAGACUAUGCUUAUUGUAAACUCAACAAGCUUCCCCAGUGAAUUAAUAUCAUCGAA